GACGCCUUAACCUAAUUAGUGUGUUAAACUCAACAAGAAUGACUGAUGAAGUUUUGGAGGAUGCACACAUUAGAUUUCGUCAUUUAAUCUCAACAUUUUCCAUGGUAUUAAACAACACAACUGCAAAUGCUGACAAACACAAUCAAAAAGAAGAAUGCAUUGAUUUUAUAUCCAUUAAAAACGUUGAACCCAUUGAAAGAUAUUUAUCCAUUUCUGCUGAAAAAAGAUAUGCUGCAUUUUUUAAUGUAAUUUGCACUUAUAUACCAGCCUUUCUAAUUCACGUAAGCACAUGGCAAAUGUUUACGUGGGCAAUAUUUGCUGAGACAAUUUCAAGGCAUGACAUCGUUGUAGGAGCUGUCGUUAGCUUGUUUGAUAACUCUCUGUCUGUUGCCUUGCUUUCAAUUGCUCAUGACAAAGCUCGCUGGAUAAAAGAUUUAAACAUUGUGGCAAAAGUGGAAUUUCCAAGUGAAUACAUAAAGAGAAGAAACAUUGAAGUUGGUUUGGAAAUUGGUGACAAAGUUAAAGGAGUCGUCAUAACAGUGGAUAGAGAAUUGCACCAAUUAGAGAUAUGUUUUGAUGAAAAGCUUUUAAAGAAAGACCAAAUUCAUCUUUUCCCACUGGGAAAGUUAGAAGAUGAUGAAGAAGACAAUACUCCUUCAAAGAGCAAUAUAAGUCCAUCACAUGACUAUCACGAAGAGCAAAGAUCUUUAUUAAAGAAAUUAUGUCGAAGUGCUUCAUUUAUGAAUCCCAACUGUGUUCAAAAUUUUAUCAACUAUCUUCAAAUUAAUGACAAAUGUAACUCGUUUUUGUCAAACGGCUGUGACCAAACAUUUGUACUGAACGAGUCUGUUGAAGUUUUGAGGGAAAGACAAUCAUAUAAGUGGUCCAUGAAUAUGGUAGGAGUUGGCAUAAAACACUUCCGCUCCAACCAGCAGAAGCAAGCCAUGAAAUGUUUCGAUCAAGCGCUGACAUUUUAUCCAAACAAUGUGGAGGGCUAUGUUGCACGUGGCGCCCUAAAAGCCAAUCGCAAUGAACUGAAAAAUGCCGCUGAAGACUUCCGUCAAGCAUUGAAGUUGAAUUCAAAUCAUCAGAACGGAAAAAAAUACCUGAUUGAGACUUUGUCUACUUUAGCUAAAGGUUUUGAGAAACAGUUGAAAUGGAAGGAAGCUUUACAUUGUUAUAAAGAGAUCGACGAGCUGCAGCCUGACCAUGAAGAAGCCCUAGAGCGUCAUCAGAAGAUCAAACAAAUUUUAACACGUCAGAUUAUGACAGCUAGUUUAUCACAGUCUGAAUGUACGAGUACGUUAAGUGAUAUCUCGAUAAAGAAAAUUGAAAAAUUGAAAAAACUUUUGCGACAAGAAACAGAACUUAAUGACAAAUCCAGCUCUUCCAGCCCUUCUUCUUCCAGUUCAGAAAGUGACACAGAUUCUUCGAAUAGCUGGGUUGAAAAGAAGAGCGGACUAAAACACGCGGAACGUGAAAAAUACCAAUCUACGUGGAAGAUGGAUCGCAAGACAACCAUUGAAGGCUCUUCGAAAUUUUAUAAAUCAGAUCUCGAAGGGAAGGAUCGAGGUAUUCAUCAAGCACUUCGAAAAAAACUGCAGCAUUUCUCUUCGGUCGAACUUAAGUACGUGUCAGAAUUAUUAAAACCUUGUAGUGAAGACACCGCUACUAAAAGCCAUAGUGUUAAAUCGUCAGAAAGAAGACAUCACGGCCGAUAUUCCAGCGACGACGAGCGAAUCAGUAAAGAAUGUGAGGACGGUGUUUUAAGUUGUCACUUUUCUGGGCGCGAAAGCUAUCCCUCUGAGCGUUCUAAUAAAAAAACUAAACGCAAUGACAACAUGUCGGUAAGUCGUAAAAAACGAACAUACCGCAAAAACUACGAGGAGCCAAAUCGGCGUAAAAGCAGCGAUAACGAUUAUAAAAGAGAACAGAGACAACAAUCAAAACGAUGACAAUCAUAAACGCAGUAAAGUCGUACUCUUUUCGAAUGCUAGGUCAUGCCGUGGUUUAUUCUGCACAAGUGAAAGGGAUUGGUGAGGCUCAUCUACGUUACACUUCUUCUAUACAAAGCAAAAUUUGAAGAAACAAACAAACAAAGAUUAGGACGUUAUAACUUUUGCAUUCGCAUUUUUGUAGGAAGAACUAAUAUUUUUAAACGGCCAAAUAUUUCAAGUGCAAAAA